AUGGACUUACGUUCUUAUUUCGGUCAAAUGCGCGCUAACGGCACUCCUCUAAGUUGGAACGACAAAAUAGCUCUAGUACAACAAAUGGUCGAUGGCCUCCAGUAUCUUCAUAAUCAAAAUAUUAUACUCUCAGAGCUACAUCCGAAAAACAUUGUAAUGUGUGAAGGAAUUCCUAAAUUCACUAAUCUUAGAAUGCCUCAAGUCCGUUCAAAAGAAGAAUUUACAUUUUCCAAAUAUUCUCCUCCAGAAGCGUUUAAACCUAAACCUAAAUCAAUCGACCUAGAACUGUCGUUGGAUUAUGAAACUUUACUUAAGCAAAAGAAAAUGAAAACAGAAUUUGUUAGAAUUUUUGCCUUAAACAGAGGCAGAAAUCUUAAUGGAUUUGAUUUCAAUCGCGCAGAAGGAAUAAUUUUGGAUGAUAAUGGUGAUGCAAAAGUUCUUAAAUCAGAGUUGAGCACCCCAGUUGUCUAUAACUCAUUAAGUACGGAUUCAAUUUGGGAUAAUUUAAGAAGUACAAGUUUAUUUACAAGUAAUAGAGAAAAUCAAGAGCUAAAUAAUGACAAUAAUCAAGUACAGAUUCACGUUCCAGUUUCAACAGUAGAAUAUACAUCUGCUGCGUCUGAUAAAUUUAUUAAAGAUGUAGAGAAUGCACUUGAGAUUUCGGACAAAACUGAACAAAAGAAGAUGCUAGAAAAAUGUUUUAAUUAUUAUGGUAAUUACGUGGUCAAAAAGUUCACACUUGGCGGUGUUAUCACAAUUGGAAAUUGGUUAAACGCAUCUAAUAAAGAAAAAUCAUAUUUAAAGAGUUAUAUACAGUGGGGUAUUGAUUGUGGAAAAGGAAAAGCCACCGAAAUUUUUGAAGAUGUACCACUUGACACUAUACCGCCACUUCAAACUGAUGGCGAGAUGGAUACCCUUGGUGACUUAUAUAAUUGGUUUAAAAGCUUAUAUGGCCUUGAUUUUGCCAAGGUUAUAGCAUAUGGAAAAAUAAUCCCAUCUUAUAAAUUACUACCGGAUAUAUUGCAAAAAAAAUUACUUGAGAUUUCUGGUUGUGAUCCUGUUGAAGCGCUCGAGGGCGAAUUAAUUCCUAAUGUUCCAAUUCACUAUGAAAGAAAGGAACUUGUAUCAUGGAUAACAUUAAAGCCUCCACUUGAAUUAUUUUUAUUGGAUUUUGUUCACAAUAAUUCACUUCAAUAUGGUGUGAUUCUACAAAAAUCAGAUCUUGGACACGCAAAAAAGGCUGCUUUUAAGUUUCUGAGGAUCCCUACCGUUACUGAAAUUAGAAAAGUUACGCUUUCAUUAACAGAAACACAAAAUCGUCAAGACGCCUAUUUAUUGGAAAACGGUAUAGUUUUAAAAGAUGAGGAUAAAUUAGAUCUUGAUAAUAUCCCUUACGCGGAAUACAGUUCAGUGCUUCAUCAUCCCUUGGAGGAUUUCAAAUCUGCUAAAAAUCAACCUUUUCAGGCAAUUUAUUGUCAAAUAACUGUUCAUAUGGCAAAACUUUCUUUUAACCUUGCGGAUAUCAAAUCUUUACAGGAAUAUUCAAAUAGCGUCAAUACGGCUCUUCAAAGUAAUGAGCCGUUUAAAAGCAUUUGUAAAAUAUUCGGAGAUGAUUACGGCCAUUUAUUAUCAAGGACUUUGACUGUAGGUGGAAUUUUAUCGAAGAAAUGUGUUCUACGGACAAAGAAAAAUUUACCUGAAAGAAAAAUUGAAUAUGAAUUUGAAAUAAACGAUCCUCAAAUAAUUGAUAAAAUUAAUUUUCAAUUGAAAGAAUGGGAAAAAGAUUUUGAAGUGAACACUUCAUUUUUAAUUGGCAAUAAUGGUGAUAUUGUUGGCCGCGAUGGGAUUAAACCUUGGCUUGAAUAUUUCCAGGAUUUAACUAUUAAUGCAUGUCGAAAUUGGAGUAUUGUUGCUUAUGAAGACUGGACACCGCUAUACAAGAUUUUGCGAAGAACAAGCACCAAUAUUGAUAGUACCUUUGGUCAAUAUCAGAUUGUUUUUAGUGGAGAAGAGCUAUUCCAGAUGGAUGAUCAGAAAACCUUCAUUAUUAGAUUCCCUGGAUUUUGUAGUAAUAAAAAUAGGAAUCUUAAAGUUCUCUAUGGAAAUCACUCCGUCAAUGAAACUCCAUUUGAAGUAGCUUUAGAAUGUAAAAAUCUUGCGUCGAAUUGUGUUCUGAUAACGUCAAUUGUGUCAAAAGACGAAAACGCUUUUUAUACCAUCAAACCUAAAGCUUGGUCGAAAUCCAGAAUUUAUCUAGAAAUAACAAAAGAUCCAUUAAGUGAUGAGUAUGAUACAGAAGGAAUUGCUGAUGUAUUUGAUGAUGAUGGAUUUGAUGAUAAAGAUUCUGAUGGAUUUGAUGAUAAAGAUUCUGAUGAUGGUACUGAUAAACUUGAUGAUGAAAUAGAGCAAGCUGCUCAAGAAAUUACUGCUCAAGCAACUACUGUUCUCAAGUGGUGCGUAGUCUACACUGACGAAAGAAAACCUAUGGUUAGUGAGGCUAAUAAUUUACGGACACAUAAUUGGAAUUCAUUUGGAGAGUAUCUUGAUGACGGUAUAGAAUGCUUGGAGGAAGAAGAUGGAGAUGAACUUGACACGCAAUCUGGAAUGCUGUUAGAAGAAGCAAUUGAACAACAUAAUUUAAAUGAUGGUAGAUUGUUUGAAGCUUGGAAGACGUUCAUAAAUUGUGCUAGGAAAGGAGAUCAAGUUGCACUUUAUUGGAUUGGAUUUUAUCUCCAAUAUGAUAUUUUAUCAGCUUCUAAAUUUUAUUUAAGAAGAUUUUACGACGAAGCUAUUGAUGAAUUUGCAGAAGGUGCUGAAUCAAAUUUACAGGCUGCAAUGAUGCUCUAUAAAAAAUCGGCAGAUGCCGAAUACCCUGAAGCGCAAUUAAGGUACGGUUUUGGCCUUUAUUCGGGACAAGGAGUCCCUCAAGACCGGGAGAAUGCCAUUCAUUAUUUUAGAUCAUCUGCAAUGAAUAAGAAUCAUACUGCAAUGUAUAACUUGGGAAUUAUUUUGAUACUGAGUGGGAACGAUCCAGAUAAAGCUGAAGGAGAGAGAUGGCUAAGAGAGGCCGCCAGAAAUAAUCAUCAAAAAGCUAUAGAUGUCUGCAGAGAGCACCACAUUGAAAUUAGUUAA